CCACGUUGUGAGCUUCGUAUUCGCGGUAUUUCGGGACUUUUCACUCGACCAAUAAAUCGAACAUCGUUGUCACGAUAGUGUAUUUGUUUCGACGAUUGAAACCGGUGCAACGUAACAUCGCGGACUGAGUUACAACGUUCAGCGAAAUUGGAAUUCCACGUCGUUUCGUCGGUAAUUUUCAACGGUGUUUCUCGCUCCGUUCCGGCUGUCGUUCGUUUUUCCCCGUUCGGUCUAUCGUAGUAGCGUGGUGCCACGAGAAGGAAAAGCAUCGGCAAACCGAGCACCGUGUGUUCCCCUUUUGUUUUACGAUCGAUCUUGAAUUUAAAAAAGUGUGUACAACGUGCAAGGAUUCGCGAUGCGACAGCACCGGGAAAUGCUCCAUUCGCAGCGGCACCGGCAACAGGAAGGACAAGACGUUCGAAGAGCAAGAUAGGCGAAAAUAGAAGGAGGCAUUAGAGCAACGUACUGCCGCCAACUUUCGACAGGAUUCACUCGAGGACGAACCUCGAUAAGGGGACGUUUGUCUCGCUCGUAACGUUUGAAAGGAGCGCGCGGUUUCGAACGAACACUCGUUUGACUGGUGACACCGUUUGUUGUUUACCAACGUCAGUGCGGUCAGGUAUUUAACGUCGAUUACUUAAAGGAGCACGGAGGAAACGAGUAAAAGAGAGGAAAGAACGCGCGAGUGCGUUCGUUGAACGUACAAGGAGAACGCGUGCUCGCCAGGUAAAGGGAAAAGGAGCAAGUCGGAAUAAGAAAGGUAAGCAAUAACGGCAAGUAGGCGCGCGAGAUGCAUUCCAGAUGAACGAUGACGCCGCACUGUCUGUAAGACUCGCGUGAUUUUCACAUUGUAUCGCGCUUGUCCGUCAUUGUCGUGUGUCAGGAGGUAUCGACGAUCGUCGGGCGGGUUAUGACGCGCGCUUAACGCAUUUGGUGCACGAAUUGAAGCGAGCGUGUGUCGAUCGUGUACAACAUGGAGUCCGACACGGCGACCGACCUCGAGACAUCAAUGCCGAGGAAAUUCCGUAAGGAAUCCUGUCGAACGGGGGGUGCAACGCUCAAUUGGCUAAUGUGCGCCCUCUGUAUCACCAGUUUGGCCGUAUCCGGUCUGCUGAUGUACAGGGAACUAGGGUUGGAAUCGCGAAUCGCCAGUUUGGAGGCUCGUAUUCAGGUUCAAGAAACACCGGACGUUCUUAUCCAGAGGCUCAGGAGGGAAGUUCAACAGCAGCUGGAGGCGCACCGAUCUGCCACGGAUUUGAACGUUUUUCGGAACAAGCGGGACACGUCCGACUGCAAUUGUCCACCAGGUCCUCCCGGUGAGCCAGGUCCUCCCGGAAAAAGGGGGAAAAAAGGGAAAAAGGGUGACCCCGGGGAACCAGGUCCACAGGGUAUGGCCGGGGCGGCGGGCAAAAGCGGUUUUCCGGGACCUAUCGGGAUAGAUGGACCAAAAGGUGAACCGGGUCGACCCGGCGAGAAAGGGCAAAAAGGCGAGCUGGGAAGCCCAGGGUUCGACGUCUUCUCCGCAGUAAAGGUCAAUGCACAGGGAUUAGGGUUAAAGAGGUCGGUGACGACGCUCCGCGGCGGGACGCUCGGCUAUGCGGAAAUCGUCGCUCUGAAGGGACUUCAGGAGCAAGGGCAUAAUAUCUCAGCGCAGACCAUCAUACAACUGAAAGGAGAGCCAGGAGAACCUGGCCCACCUGGGCCACCAGGUCCCCCGGGAGCCGAAGGUCUUCCCGGACACGAGGGCAGACAAGGAACACCGGGCGAAGUUGGACCACCGGGUGAAAAAGGAACACCAGGACCUAUUGGACCUAUUGGUCCCCCCGGUACGCCGGGACUUCCGGGUCCCAAGGGUGACAGGGGUGAUAAAGGCGAUCGUGGUAUAACAACGUCCUUGAGCGGGGAACCGUUUCCAACUGGAGUAUUGGAAGGACCGCCCGGUCCACCAGGACCACCUGGGCCCAAGGGCGAGAAGGGGGAGCUGGGUCUGACGGGACCACCCGGUCUGACGGGAGAGAAGGGUGCCCGGGGAAAGCAAGGGAAGAGGGGUUUCAAGGGUGAGAGCGGUAUGGCAUUGAUGAGAGGCCCACCCGGGCUACCGGGUCUAAAGGGUGAACCCGGUGAACGGGGUUACCGGGGCGAAAAAGGCGCCAAGGGAGACACGGGCUCAUCAGGACCGAAGGGAGAUCAAGGAUCACCUGGCUUACCUGGACUCAAUGGGACAGAUGGAGAAACUGGUAUUCAGGGUCCACCAGGAUUGCCAGGUGCGUUUGGACCUAAAGGUGAGAAAGGCGAAAACGGCGACAUUGGGCCUCCAGGACUUAUGGGUCCACCGGGCUUACCUGGUCCACCGGGAUAUCCCGGGCUGAAAGGUGAAAAAGGAGAAAAGGGCGAAUCGAAAUACAAAAAACUCAGGCGAAGACAGGGAGACGGUACGUUCGAAGUGAAUGCCGGCGAAGUGAUAAUGGGCCCACCGGGACCACCCGGUCCAGCUGGUACUCCUGGACUUCAAGGUCCACCUGGCAUUAAAGGCGACCGAGGACAUGACGGCGCCAAAGGCGAUCCUGGAGAGAAGGGUGCCAAAGGAGAUCCUGGUCCAAUGGGACUACCCGGCCCCAUGGGACUGAGAGGAGAAUCCGGAAAACCCGGGGAUGCCGGGAAACCUGGUGCCAUGAUGAUCGUCGUUCGAUCAUCGUCGAGCAGCAUAUACCUAGCAUAUGUGUAUAAGUUCGUAAGAAGCAACUCGAGAGACAACGCGUAGGCUAUUGCGAACACCUUCGGGGGAUCUCUUGUCGGAUUGACAAGUUGCCGGAAGUUUUCAGCGUGACAGCGUACGAUCAUAUCGUUAGCGUUUAAUUCGAUAAGGCAUAAUUGUAAGAAUGAAUGUUGGCGAGUCAUUUUCGAGAGGUUAGUACCCGCGAGCUCUCCGUGUAUCAAGUUCGUGGAUUUAAUAGCUUCAUCAGUUGCUAUCGAUCGGGGAGCUACUAAUGAUAUUUCAACGAUGAACCACGGAUAGGGAGAGGCCAGAAGGACCGUCCGUUACGAAGAUUGCGGCCGUUAAUACCGGACGCUAAAGGAAACGGAUUUAACCAUAAUUAAUCGUCGUUCGAGCAAAGCUGAUAGAGAACAAGUAAAAUUGUGUCUUAAAAUUGUGCGGCGGUAAUGAAAGUAAGGUGAUCGUUUGUACUAUAUAGUGGGUGCAUUUGUGUGCAGGAAAAAGUAGAAAGUGUAGCAAAAAAAAAAAGGAAAAGAAAAACGACGAUCCUCCGAUUUCGUUUCAUGUCGAUGUGUGACGAGAGUGACGUUUCGGAAGAAACAAAGCGUCUUCCAUAGAUAUUCAGUGUGUACGAGUUUAAAUCGUUCGAUGCUUCUUUUCGUAAUUCUAAUGCAGAUUACGCAUUACGUCGGUGCUGUACAUUUAUUUAUCCAACGUAACAUUUAGCGGAUGAUCGCACUAACAUCCGUCCUCUUAACGUGCUCUAUGUGUCUACCUAUGCUAUCGUAUACCUAUAAUACACUAAGAAAAACCUGUUAAUUGAAAUAACGACAUUUAGCGAUGUACGUGAUAAUGCGGUACAAAAGCUAUGCAAAUUUUGCCUUAAAACGUUCUUAACUGAAAUUACGAAUUGAUAGAUUAAAUACUAGAAAGAUAAAAUAUUAAUUAAACCAAUUCGUUCGAGCAUUAUAUUUUAUCUCAAGCAGACAUAUUCGUUUUGAUUCUUGCUUUUCCAAAUAAAAAAUCAUUAGGAGAUCUAUUUGCCGAAAUAAUAAGAUGCAUUUUUUAGUCAAUAAAAGCUUCUAAAAAUUUUGAGUACUAUAAUUUUAUUAUGUAGAAAACAAUUUCGGUUGAAAAUUGCAGUUCAGCUUGGGAACGUUACGGGUUCAAAUCUCGUUAAUAAUACAUUUUUUUAAUUUCUUCUUUUAUUGGUUUUGUCCAUUCAAAUAUCAAUUCAUUAAACUUUAGUUUGCUAUUCAUUAAAAUUAUGAACGAUUGAAAAAUAUUUGCUGGGAAAAACUAUUUCGUUUUUAUUAUUUCUUGCGCAAUCAUAUUUUUUAUCAAAAUUACUUUGAAAUAUUAUUUAAUAUGUUUUAGUCAAAGUGGUGUAUAAUGUACACGGAAGAAAAUGUAUAAACAGCAAACAAAUAGUUCUUGUUAUAAAUAAUUAAACCGUUCAUAAUUAAAAUAAAAUAAUUUUAACAAAAUGUAAUUUGCUGGCUUGUAUAGUUUUAUGAAACGUUCAAACAUUAUGUGGAAUUACAUUAUUUUAGAGAAUAAUUAUGAAAUGUCUCAGUCAUGAAAUAAUAAUUGGAAUAAUUUUAAUAAAAUGAAAUUUAACAAUAUACGAGAGUUGAACCCACGACAUUGAAAAAACAUUUAGCGCUGAAGUAUAAUAGUACAACAAACAUUUUUAUAAAAAUCUACUUAUUUCACUCGAUGUUUUUAAAAACUGUCUUUCUCGAAAUUGGCUGAAAGCAUCUUACUGUUUAGGCAAACAAAUCUGCCAUUGCUCUUUAAUUAGGAAAAGUAAAGAUCGGAAAAAAAAUAUGAACGCCUGACGCUUAUGAAUAUGUAUAGGUUAUACCAAUUUUAUUUUUUACUUUAUCGUAGGUUUUAUAAGAUGGCUUCUUUACGUUCCUUGUCGUGUUUCUAUCUACUCGCCGUUUAAUUAAUUCACUUCAUAUAUCUUUUAUUCCUUUGAAUUAUUCUCUGUCUCAGUUACCGGCUGCUUCGUACUUAAGCGGGAGCUCGCUCGCAGCAUUCGUUGCACGUAGCUAAUAUAAUCGAAGCAUUUAUCAUAAUUCCUCUCUCUUCCAUUCCACUCCCACGUGUAUUUCCGUAUAAUGUUCAACAUAGGCAGAUCAAAAGGUUCUCUGUGAAACAAGACGUAUAAAAGUGACGGCAAAGGGUAUGUACCGACAAAGUUAAAGGCAAUUGACCGUAACAUGUUUGUGGAAUUGUCAGACGCGUUGGAGGAAAUUAUGAUACUGUUCGAUGCAGUGUAUUUCAAUUAACAAAAUGAAAUGUAUACGAAGUGAAAGGACAAAUCAGAUGCUUUUGUGAUAUACGUGAACACUUAACAUCCGUUAAAAAAAAUAGAAAUUGGAAAAUUUUCGUACCUGGUGAAAAUGCAAAGCAAUAGAUACCCGAGAGAUCGACUAUGCGAACUUAUUUGUGUACGCUCCCUGCUUCAUAUUCGUUAUUACGCUUUACUGAUUGCUGUAACAAGCAUUAUUUAUAGUAACAAAGCUCGCAUAACUCUAUAAUUGCAUUGCAAUUGACAACGUGUUGGUAGCUCGAAAAAGAUGACAAAACACCUCAACUUUUAUAUUUGGUGUACGAUAAAUAAUUACGUCGAAAUCUUAUGUUUGUUACACUUGUCGCACAGUUGAUACUUAUUUCUUAGUGUAAUUUAUUUUGUGAAUGCAUGAUAGUUUUCUUUACUCAGGGGAACAGAUGUUGAUAUUCGUAUUUCUAAUAAAUGAUUUGUUUGUCCAAACACUUUUCAGCCAGAAAAAUAAUUUCUGCAAAAUUCGAAUAAAUAGACUGAUACUUUUUAUAUUACAAAAAAUUCACUGCUGUUAUAAAAUGAGUGACGAGUUCAAAUCUCGCUGCAGUGUUUUUUCCAACUGCAUUGUAUGCUUUUAAAAGCUGAAUUUAUUAAAUUUUUUUAAUUAUAUAAAUUACAAGAAAUCAG